AUGCUGGCUGGUCGAGCACUGGCACUGGCUCCUGUCGGCCAUCAUGCAGCGUCGGUCCAGCACGGCCGGAGAUGGCUUAGCAAGGCAUCGGCGACGACGAGCGAGACGCUGCGUCAGCUGAUGACCCGGCUUGCCCAACCUGUCGUCAUCCUCACGUGUGCGCUCGAUGAUGGCUCCCAGCGAGCAACUGUGUCUGGCAGACAUGAUCAUGGCGCAACAGUCUCGAGCUUCACGUCUGUCGCUCUCGCACCCGUGCCUCUGGUCUCGUUCAGCAUGAGACUGCCGUCUCGCUUGGCGCAACAACUGGGCGCAGCGCCUACUGCCGACUUCAGGGUGACCCUGCUCUCCGAUGCGCAGGCUGAUCUGGCGAACCGCUUCGCGCAAGGCACUUUCCGAUCAGAUGACUUUGAAGCGUUGCAGCAGCGAGCUCUUGGGCAGCUCGAAUGCUCCAUCAUCAGUCAGAUCGAUCUGGCUGCGCUGGCAGAGGACGAACAGCCCGUGUCGACACUCUUCGUCGCUCGAGUGAACCAGGUCAGCCUGGGACAGCGCAAUGGCAAGCCGCUGCUCUACUACAGACGGACUUACUCCAGCGUCAAUGCCUGA